AUGAACGAAAAAAUAACGAGCAAAGGGCGGACGAAGAAUUGCAAUGAUUUCAAAAUAUCGGAAAGUGGAAGAAAAAGAAAGGUAAGAAGUUAUAAACAAGGGUUAGUUCAAAAUAUAUUUUUCAGUUUGAAUCAAUCGGAGAUGUUGAUUUAUCAGCUGACUCUAACAGUGUGAUCGCUAUCUCGUUAAUAUUAUCAUGUCUUUUCUUGAUUCAAUCUGUGCUAGCCUUAGGAUCGUAUUCAGGUACUUAUAUUUCAAAUUUAUAUAUUUUUUCAAACAUUGUUUUCUUCAGGUGAAUCAACUCCACCAAUGUUUGGCGAUUUUGAAGCACAACGUCAUUGGAUGGAAAUAACAUACAAUCUUCCGAUUGAAAAAUGGUAUGUGAAUGAUACAAUGAAUGAUUUACAAUAUUGGGGUUUGGAUUAUCCACCGUUAACUGCUUAUCAUCAUUGGAUAAUGGGAAUAAUGUGAGUUUCUUUCCUCAAUGAAUUUUACUAAUUUCAAUUUUCAGAUCUAAAAAAAUUAACCCUGAUUGGAUUGAACUGUUUGAAUCUCGAGGUUAUGAAAGUGUAUCACAUAAGCUUUUCAUGCGAAUUUCUGCGAUUAUUCCAUUUAUUCUAUUUUACAUACCACCUCUGAUAUCACUAUUUUUCCGAAGUUCCAAAAAAUCAAGUUUAUCGCCGGUCAUCCAAACUUCAUUAGCUCUUUUCUAUCCGGGUCUUUUGGUCAUUGACAAUGCACAUUUUCAGUGAGUUUUUUGAGAAUUUGAAACUUAAAAUUAGCAAACUUUUUACAGGUACAAUAGUAUUUCUCUUGGAUUAUUUCUAAUUUCCUAUUGUUUUUUGACAAAUUCAAAAACCCUACUAGGCGCAAUGUUUUUUGUUUUGGCUCUAAAUUAUAAACAAAUGGAGUUAUAUCAUUCUUUGCCAAUAUUUAUUGUUAUUCUAUCAAGAUCUAUCAAAAAACCAGUGUUUUCGAAUAUUCCAAAUAGUAUUCUCCAAAUCACGAAAGUUGGAAUUGUUGUGAUAUCAUCAUUUUUUAUAAUCUGGCUACCUUUUAUUCUAACUGGAACUGCAAAAGAUGUUCUUAUCAGAGUAUUUCCUUUCAAUCGAGGAAUUUAUGAAGUAUUUCAUAAAUAAGUUUAAUAGUUAUUGAUUUUUUUUGAAUUUCAGGAUAAAGUAGCAAGUUUUUGGUGUGCAUUUUCAUUUAUUCUCAAACGUCUACCAAUUCAAAAUAUUCAAAUAUAUUUGAGUUCUGCCGCUGUUUUGAUAUUUUCAAUACCAUCUCUCAUCACUUUAUUCAACAAAUCUUCCGAAAGAAACUUUCGAAUUUCUCUAUUCACAACAUCUUUAUCAUUUUUCUUAUUUUCAUUCCAUGUUCAUGAGAAAACUAUAUUGCUUGUGGCUGUUUGUGCGAUCUUAUUGUUCCCUGAUUAUCCAAGCGAUGUUAUUUGGUUUUUGAAUAUUUCGAAUAUCAGGUGAGUAUUUUUUGUACUAAUUAUAAUACAAAAUUUAUCCAACUAAAACUACAUUUUCAGCAUGUUUUCACUUUGUGUAAAAGACGGCAAUUCGCUGGUUUUGAUGCUAUUUGUUGCAUAUUUCAUCACUUCGAUAUAUUUUUGGAAUCACUUGGAAGAUGUGAGAGCUGACAAUUUUUCACGCAAACAAAUGUAUUCUUUCAGGAAAAAAUAUAUUUGAAAUCAGCAUCUGUUAUAAUCGGGAUUAUAGUCUGUCUCUUGGAACUUUUCGGGCCAAUUCCAGCAAGAUUUCCACACAUUUAUCAACUUGCAAAUGCCUUUUUCAGCUGUGUUCAUUUUAUUUAUUUCUUGAUGUCAUUCACUUAUCGAAUUCUAGGCGAUUCGACUAAAAAUAUCAAAAAUGAAUAA